AUGAACACAGCUCGGCUGGGGCUCCCUCUGCGUCGGUUCGAAAGCCUGCCUCCCCCCUUCGAUCCCUUGACGCAGCUACUGACCAGUCCACCAGCCGGCGGCGGCGCCUACUACUUUGCGAAGCGCGAAAUCAACGCCGACCGAAAGGCCAAGCUCGAAGCCCAUCGCCGGAAACGCUCCGACAUUCGCGCCAUGGAAUACGGCGGCCCAUCCCAGCCCAUGGCCCCCAGCAGCAGCAGCGCCGCCGCCGCCUCCGGAGCCGACACUGCCGGCUCGCCCAGCGCCGAGUCCAGCAAUGAUCCCUCCCCCGCCGGACAGGAGGGCCUCGCCGCCCCGAAGCGAGACAAAGAAGACGUUAGUCCAUACGAGAGCAAGGUCGGCUAUACAAGUCGCAAGGGCGACCGCUUCUCAUGA